AUGGUAUUAGAAAUUUGUAUAGAUUCAAUUGAAUCAGUUAAAAAUGCUGUAAAUGGUGGAGCAAAUCGUUUAGAAAUAUGUUCAUCAUUGUCUGAAGGUGGUCUAACUCCAACACUUGGGCUAAUUAAUUUUACAAAACAAUACACAAACAUACCAAUUUAUUCAAUGAUAAGAAUAAGAUCAGGUAAUUUUAAUUAUACACAAGAAGAAAUAGAUGCAAUGAUUUACGAUUUAAAAUUAUUAAAAAAUCAUAAUGUCGAUGGUUUUGUAUUUGCAGCAAGACCAAAACCUGUUACAUUUCAUCGUGCAUUUGAUGAAGUUGAUGAGCCAUUUAUUGCAUUGAAUGAAAUAAUAAAUCUUGGCUUUGAGAGAAUAUUAACAUCAGGAAAAAAAAAUACAGCAAUUGAAGGUAUUGAAUUGAUUAAACAACUUGUUGAAAAAGCUGAUGAUAAAAUUAUCAUUAUGCCGGGUAGUGGUAUCACUUGUGAUAAUAUAUCACUAAUUAAAAAUUCAACUGGAGCCAAAGAGUUUCAUGCAUCAGCUAAAAUAACGUAA